AUGUUGCCAUCCACAAAGUUAAACCGUCGUCUGCUCCAUGGCGAAAUUACGUAUUCUGCUGCAAAAGAACUCGAAACUAAUGUCUUGCAUUCGUUGGGCUUUUUGGACCAGCAGAAUAAAUAUUUUGAAGAUUUACUCCGGAAGAGCCAUGUCAUUGAAGCUGUGGUGGCACACCAUCUCAACUUGGUUUCCACAGGCUGCCACGUUGCGGAUCCAAAGGAGUGGCUCUCCGGAACCUUUAAUGUUUGCAUCCCAAUCUAUGUUGAUAACAAACAGGAUCCCAGUUUUCUUCUCCGUCUUCCACUGCCACACAGGCUGGGAGAGAAUGUCAACCCAGGAAACGCUGAUGAGAAAAUCCUUUGUGAAGUUGGCACCUAUAUCUGGCUCCAGCACAACUGCCCUGAAGUCCCUACCCCGCGACUGCAUGGAUACGGGUUAUCAAAUGGACAGAAGUUUACUGCUCUCAAAAACCUUCCUUUCUUGACUCGUUUCGUGGAAUUCUUCCGCCACCACUUUUUAACUUUCCUUGGGUACCCAGUCCCAUCCAAAUAUGUCGCUCACAAGAGCAAGUUGAGAGAGUCAUUGGGAGUCGGAUAUCUCCUGAUUGAAUACAUUGAUACGUCACGUGGCAAAAUGCUGUCUGAGUCGUGGGACCAAGGACGGCACAAUGCUCAAUUACGAACGAACCUUUUCCGAAGCCUGUCUGAUAUCAUUCUGGCUGUUGCACGUACUCCUCUACCGAAGAUUGGUUCUUUCAUUGUGGACGAAAAAGGUUUUCUGAAACUAACGAACAGGCCCCUUACCCUUGAAAUUCAGGGUCUUGAAAAUGAGCAUAUUCCUGUGGAUAUCCCGCGCGAGUUUACGUAUUCCACCGUAGACGCCUACAUCAAUGACAUCCUUGCUUUCCAUGAGAGCCGCCUCCGUCACCAACCUAAUGCGGUUAAUGAUGUUCAAGACUCUUUAUUCCAAAUGGCUGCUCUAACGGUGAUGAGAGCUGUUCGACACAUAUUCUUUUGCCCUGAACUUCGCCGAGGCCCAUUUUUCAUGAGCUUUACAGAUCUUCAUCAAAGCAACAUUUUUGUCGAUGAUAAGUGGAAUAUUACGUGCCUAGUUGACCUCGAAUGGGCCUGUUCUCGUCCAGUGGAAAUGAUUCAUCCUCCGUAUUGGUUGACAAACCAAUCUGUCGAUGGGAUUAAUCUUGGCGAAUACGAGCGCCUUCACAAGGAAUUUAUGCAAGCUUUCGCAGAACAGAUGCUAAAACAUCCUCGUCAAUCUGGGGGACAACUCCAUUCCAUACUCCAGGAAGGAUGGAACAAAGGCACGUUUUGGUACGCCCUUGCACUUGAUAGCCCGACUGGACUUUUUCGAAUCUUUUACGACCACAUACAACCGCGAUUCUCAAAAGAUCAUAUAAAUGAUGCAGCAUUUUUCCGGAUCACUAUGGAUUACUGGACUAUCAAUGCAGCCAAAUUUAUCCAGCAAAAAGUGAAAGACAAAGAACAGUACGAUCAGCUAUUGCUCGAAGCUUUUGAACAAUCUUCCCCGGAUCGGCCCAUGUAUCAAUAAUACCAGUCACCUUCCUCCUGUUGCCCCGUGCCGCUGGGUACCUCCACCCUCACUGCUACCCUGAUCAUUUUCGCGAGCUUGCAGAUCUCUUGCUGCAGUGUCAAGAGAUGCCAGCGCAUUUUGGAUUCGUUUCUGCUGGGCGCUUCUCCCUGAUGAAGAAAGUUGGUUAAGGGUUUUGGGGUCGCCUUUAAUGCCCACUUUCGCUUCUUCAAUGGUAGCAUUAUAAGACGAGUCCGACCGGCGAUCGGCCAUUUUCUAAAACCUUGAGUAAUGUUAGCAUGGAUCUUCCUGUUUUCCUCUCUUUCUUAAUUGUAACCUAGUUACAUACUCUGAAUUGCUGUUCGUCUGAGCCAAGUAGGUUUGAGGACUUGGAUUUACGCUUGGGGCGGUUUGAUUGGUUUAUAUAUAUUUUCUGGCGGCGAAGAAGCAAUCCUUGUCUGAGCUUUCCUUGGGUCCAUGGCAGAGUAAAAUAUGUCAGGUUCAACAGUGUCUGCAAAGUCGUGGUGCAAGUAGCCAGGGAUGGGGUUCCUAGCGCUGCUGAAGUGCCACAUAUGAUAUCUCUGGGAAUAUAAAAUCCAACAGAUCACUGGAUCAGCACUGUAUGAAUUUGGGUGCUUGUACUCCGUAUUGGCCAGGAAUAAAGUGGGUGCGACAGUGAGUCAGGUGAAGGCAUCGCAACGCUAUUCGGCAAGCC